GUGACGAUUAUUUUUUUCAAAUUAAACAGCGGUCUUUAUCCACCGUCUGUCUUGGGUGGAACAACAGUAAAAUAAGUGACUUUCUGGAAAUGAACUUACUGUUGUCCUAGAGCACAGCUUGCGUAGUUAGAUUUUUCACCUGGGACCAAUGUCUUCAAGAAUUCCAGUUUAUCAGGAGAAUCGACAACCAGAAAUUACAAACCCAAAGGCUACUGGUCGUAUUGCUGAAAAUAUGAAGAGAACUAAAUGUGAAUUCAAAGAAACGACUAUACCUUCAAAUUUUAACUUUGCCUUGAAAACGGACUCGGCUGGCAUACUGAAGCCUCACAACAAUGUACCCAGGAAAAAGUUCACAGCUACGACUUACAAAGGACCUUCAUCUAGACUGGAGACAGAGCUAAGAGACCAGAAAAGACUUUUGGAAGCAUUUAACGGAGACCUGCAAAAAAAUCUUUUGCAGUCCAAGGAAAAGGUUGACCUGCUGGAGCAGCAGUACAGAGAUCUUCAAGGAGAAAAGAAUGAGAUUCAGAAGCAGCUGGAGAGCUGUCUUCAUUUGCUGGUUGCAGGCAACAUUGACCUGGAUUUAGGUGAGGAACUAGCUGAAACAGCCCAACAAAAGGAGGAGCAAAGGAAAGAAGUGCAGAGCGUGUCCCAAGAACUGAUGGGGGAGUUGCAGACGUUUGGCCAAAAGGUUUCAGAACAUCGAGCACAGGUCCAGCAGGUGCAGGAAAGAAUGAGGGAUCUGAGAGAGAAGAGAGAGCAGCACUUGGAGGAGCGAGAGGCCUUUUCCCUGGAAGUGGAAGAAAUGGAGAAGGCUCUGGAGCAGGCAGAGCAACUUCUGGUGGAAAUGUAGAUGUUCGUGUGUGUCUGUGGGGGUGUGUGUGUGUGUGUGUGUGUGUGUGUAGUGCAGUGUUUUGUACAGCUCUGAAAUUGAAUAAAACCUCAGUUUUUACCACAAUUGUGUCAUGCAGCACACUUGCAAGUCACUUCCUUAGGUGUUCUAUUCAGUUUUUAUAUCAGUGUGCCAACAAAUUAACAGUUUAAUACACGGCAGCCCAACCCUGAUCCUGGAGAUCUAUGUUCUGUAGGUUUUCAUUUCUUCUGCUUUUGAGAUCCUGGCUUGUAGACUUCCUAUAAAAGACUCCAUUGAAUGGCAUCAGUGUGUAGCAUCCCAUAAAGAACUUUGAAGCUUUGUAUAGUUGCUAUCUUCGCCCAAGCUCACAUUAAAUGUGCAAGUGCACUCCCGAAUACCUUGUGAUUUCCCUGGUUGCUGCCUCACCUGUCUCCCUAAUACCUCCCAGUCCUUCAGUUGGUCCAGUUCAUUGCAAUAGUUUUAUUUAGCUUUGUAAACAGAAUUUUACAGAAAAUUGAAGAAAGGUCCAUAAGCGUGUUCCAAAACUAUAAAAUAACUUGCACCCACAUGUUGGAUAUACAGAGUACAUCUUGUUUUUGCAAUAAUAAUAUGCUAUAAAUCCAACUCAGUGAAUAAACUGUGAUAAACAAAUAGUUUUAACAGUAUGCCUUAUGGAAAUUGGCCUUGCAUAUAUUGAAAAUAAGCAUACACUUUACUAUUGUACUGUUUGUAUGAUAUUUGCUCUUGUUUGAGAGUUGAUGAUGAUUGAUGAUGAUGAUAUUGGUCCUUGCUUUUGUUUUUUUUACAAUUUAGUUUGUCUGCCGUGAUCAUGUGAACGCAGAAUUAUUUACAAAUUGUCUUCCUGAAUACUGGGUUGUAUGCAGUUGGCAAAAUGCCACAACUUCUUUUAGUACAUUAAGGGGCAGUUAACCCAUUUUGAAAUUAUAGUUGAAAUAUUAACUAGUGUAACGUCAUUGCAGAACAAAACACCUGUUAAAUCUCAGAUGUGCAUUUCCAGACUGUUAUGUGCUUUAAUAAAGUAAUUUGCCUACA